AUGCAAGCAGGCAACCAAGACAAGCAAGACAAGCAAGACAAGCAAGACAAGCAAGACAAGCAAGACAAGCAAGACGAGCAAGACAAGCAAAACAAGCAAGACAAGCAAGACAAGCAAGACAAGCAAGACAAGCAAGACAAGCAAGAUAAGCAAGACAAGCAAGACAAACAAAACAAGCAAGACAAGCAAGACACGCAAAACAAGCAAGGCAAGCAAGCAAGACAAGCAAGACAAGCAAGACAAGCAAAACAAGCAAGACAGCAAGACAAGCAAGACAAGCAAGACAAGCAAGACAAGCAAGACAAGCAAGACAAGCAAGACAAGCAAGACAAGCAAGACAAGCAAGACAAGCAAGACAAGCAAAACGAGCAAGACAAGCAAGACAAGCAAGAUAAGCAAGACAAGCAAGACGAGCAAAAGAGGUCAUGCAAGGCAAACAAGGCAAGCAUGGCAAGAGAGGUUAGCAAAGCAAGCGGGGCAAGAAAAGCAAGUAAAAUAAUCAAGGCGAGCUAA